CUGAACAUACUUCUUCCACCCCAAGGAUUGGUUCUAGGGGCGGCUAGACAUACUAGCACUCAACAACAAGCAGCCGCCCCGGGGACCGGGUCUAUUGUUCCAACGCGAAAAAGGAAGGCGUCCCGGCUGCCGACACCCCCGACCUCUGGGGCCGACCAGCAAGCACCAGCGGACCUUGGAACUACGAAAACAUCAGCAAGGAUCCGACCCCGAAUAGCACCGACCACACAACCGACGCCACCCCCAGCCGACCAAGCUUUGGUCCCGACUGAGGCAGUUCCUCUUCAAACCCCUACUCCACUUCUCACUUUGCCAAUGAGCAGUCGGGCAGAGGACCCGACGAGGAGGCAAAUUCUUCCUCCCACACCGAGGAGCGGUCGGGCCAGGCACCCGACCAGGAGGCAAUCUCUACCAGCAGUGCCUACAGAACCAACACCUUCACCCAUCGAAUCAGCAGCAGGGGUCUCUUCUGACAGCGAGGGGACUACUUCCCAGAUGGGUCGACCACCAUACAUGGCAUCAAACUCAUCCAUGUCAAAGGAAGAACCAGCCGCCCUCGCCGAAGCUGACCCUCAAAACGACAUCCCUGAUGCUGCUGAUCCCGAAAUUGAAGGUGCCCCAGAGAUCCCGGCUGCAGUGGCUCUAGAUGCAGCCGCCCAACCUGCAGCCGCCCAGCCAGCAGCGGCACUUCCUCUAGCAAUUGAGUGGCAGGCAGAAGAACCACCUGUGGCAGCCCAACCUCCAGAAAUGGAAGAAGUUUCUUCAUCCGACUCGGAGACUUCUGUAAACUUGGGACCCAGGUCGGCACCUCAGCGACCAUUCGCAGCAGCCGACGAGUCGGCUGCUAUUAUACCAGCUGUCUGCCCUACUCGACCGACCUCAUUGCUGCCCCCCUCACUGACAGCAGUCCGCCCAGAGGGGCCUUCGGACUUAGCUGUCCUAUCGACUGUUCCGGUUCCAGCGGAGGCCCAGACUGUGUUCACUGAGGCCAUUAACCGUCCCCUGUCCGAAUUAAGGUCCGACUUAUUGGACAAGCUCAUUCAGACGGUUGGUGGCCUUCUUUUUUACACUCCAACGGAAUCACCAGCCGUCCCCAUUCUGCAUCGGCUGAUGGAAAGACUUACAGAGCUCAAGACUGAAGUAUUAGUCAUUGGACUCCUGUCAGCCGAAACCCCCCAGCCCGACUUCGAUCAAACAGCGCUGGAGAAUUCUUUGGCUAAGACCCGAGAAUCCCUCCAGCAGACUACUGGAAGGCUGGGUGGUCUCCUUAACACGAAAGCUCAAGUUGAUGAAGCUAUUCAGAAAAAAGAGGCAGAAUUACGGGAGCUGAGGAAAGAACAGUCUACCCUGGAUAAGCAAAUUACCAAUGAACAGCGUCUGCUUGAGAAGUAUACCAAAAAUGAGGCUGAAUUGGAUCAAGAGCUGAAAACCCAAGCCCGAUCCCAAUUCAUCAUAAGAUAUCAGACGGCUGCCAAUACCAGAAGGCUAUCCAGGGAUGAAAUCAAAUGGACCCACAUAAAAACUGCCCUAGGGGCAUUGUUGUAAUACUACCCCCUUUGUAACAACAACUGACUUAGUAAUCCAUUUUUUCUUUCUUCUCAAAACAAGGAUCACCUUUCAAUUCCCAGUUUUAUAGGAAACGAACCAAACUCCUUCUUUAAAAGAACACUGUCUCUCACAUUUUAAGAAACACAUUCCCAGGCAUAUUUUAAAAAUCAAAACACUGAAAGUGUUAACAAACAUGGCGAAUGACCGACCUCAUGUUCCAUCAAGCAACUGGGAGGGUGUUCUUCAACCCUUCUUUGUAGGUAAUCACCCUAUUGGAGGCCAUGCAGAAGACUUGUUACAUAUACUCAAGCAACUAGACUUCAAAUUCCGAUUCUCCCAACGAGGAAGAAGAACCAUUCAUCGCGUCAUCCGCCUGAUGGAAAAAGUCAUUGAGGGGUAUGAACCUCUUCGUGACAUCCUUAGCCGCAUUCCUGAUCUUCAUCAUCACAUGGAAAUG